UUGUUAUUCUAUCUCUGUCACCAAACAUUGCUACGAAUAUCUGAACAAUGAAAUUUUUGUUGCCAGUGGUUUGAUUUUGUGGCUAUUUUAAAUAAACAAUUAUAUAAAUCAAUUGGAUCAUUUGUUGUGUAUAAAUUUGAACUGGUGAAAUAAGAUAUAGUUGCUGAUGAUUUUUGUGUCAAAAAUUCAAUUUCUUUGGAUUGUAUAAAUCGAAUGUAACAUUGAAAUUCAACUAAAUGUACUUGAAACAAAUAUGGAUAGUGAAGGAAGCAAUGAAACGGGAAAUGAAGCCAUUUCUGAACCGAUCGAAACAAGCGUUAUAUCGAGACACAUUGAAAUGAUAAUUGUUCAACCCGGAGAAAUAAAUGCAGCAGACAAUGAUUUGAGUAUAAAUCGCAAUGACCAACAAGUUUAUGUGGAACGUCUAGUUAAUGUAGAAAACGAACUAGUUGAAGUGGGACCAGUUGAAUCGGGUAAUGAUGCAGAUCUCACACCAAAUCGAAAAAAGCGUAAAAGGUCACAAUCUCGAAAAUCAGACUCACCAAAGAAGGCACCACCACCACGUCUAAACGAUGACGAUGACGACGGAUCAACAUGUUCGAUUUGCUUAGAUUCAUGGGAAUCGAAAGGAGAGCAUCGUUUGGUAUCGUUGAAAUGUGGCCAUCUAUUUGGAGACAGCUGUAUUCGAAGAUGGAUUCAUGAAUGUGCACCACAAGCGAAAUGUUGCCCGACAUGUAAAAAUAAAGCAGCACCUCGUGAUCUCCGCCCAUUAUAUGCAAAACGUAUUGUUGUUGCCGACAAAAGUGAAGAAUAUCGCCUACAAGACCUACUCGAAGCCGAAAAGUCAAAGAAUGUUGAACUACAAAGCACAUUAAGCGCAAUCAAACUUGAACUGGCUGUUCGCAAUGAAGAAUAUUCAAAACUUCAAAUUGAAUUUAAUAAAAUAAAGAAAUUUGGAAUAUUCAACGAUGCACCGCAAACGUCAACGCACCGAGAUAUAAUGUACAAAAUGGCGAUGCUCAAGAACAUCGACCUGAAUCGAGAAGGAGGCUGCCGAGCAAUGACAUAUGGUCGACGUAUUAAAACAUUGAUGGUCUCACAAAAAUCGUCAGUUACAUUAUUUCAGGGUUAUGGUGUACGCUUUGUCAGAGCACACGAUUUUCAGCCAACACUUUAUUUUCGCAUAUCAGCCAAUCCAAUUCGUGAUUUAUCACUCGAUACCGACGAAGAAUUUUUAGCAGCAGCAUCACAAGAUACAAACGCAUAUAUCUAUAGUGUUACCAAUCAUAAUUCGAUCACAACAAUAACACCAUCGGAAAAUCAAAAAAUAUGGGCAACAUCAUUCGAUAAAGUUCGUCCGCGCUACCUGCACAUUGGCUCACAGCAAGGCAUCACAUACAUUUACGAUGUUCGAAAUUGUUUGGCACCUGUCGAAGAGCUAAAAACACCCGGUGAUCUAUCUCCGGUCAUUGGCAUCGAACCCAUUCCGGUAUCAAAUGAAUUUCGUUUUGGCGGUUUUAUCGUUUGUAAAUUGACCAGCUUAUGGUUCUAUGAAUAUACCGCAUCGGAGCGUAUCGAACAAACAAAAUUAGUAGUUGAAGGGCCAUUCGUAUCGAUUAAUUUUAACGAACAAAACGGUCUACUAUUGAUUGCAACUCGCCUCGGAAGAUAUCCACAAGCACGCCUUAUUGUGGCUAGAUUGACAAAAAUCGAUCAAACGACAGUAUUGCGUGUCGAAUGCACAAUACUUGGAUCCCGAAUACAGCCUAAGUUGGUACGUAGCACACAGAUAAACAUUGGAAACGACUCACUUGUUGCAAACUACUUACAAGACAUGAAGACGGUGAGCAUAUGGAGUUCAAAGAACGGCACCAAAAUGCAAGGAUUUAAUAUUGAUGAAGAUGUUCUGGACAUGUGCCCGGUGUACUUGGAUAACAGCUCAUAUUUGGCCACUCUCAGCGAACAUAAAUGCAGAAUAUUCCAAAUGAAUUCCGUCUAAAAGCGUUUUCAGCAGUAUUUUUCUUUUAAUUCUCUUCCGAUGUAAUUGUCGGUGUAUUCACAUUUCUUUUUUGAUAAAUUGUUCGCGAGAAAUAAAUACGCUCAAGCCCUAAGUUAUCACGAUAAGAUUUACUAUUAAGAAUUGACUGCAAGAUAUGUCUUGGUAAGCUUAAGUUUUUUUACCAGUUUGUUUUUCUUACAACUUACAGUUAUAAAUGAGAUGAUAAUAAAUUCCAAUGAAUAAGGUA